AUGACUGCACCAGCAUUGAGGGUUAUCGUGGAUGGUGAUAGCAACAAGGUGUACAAGAGAGGGGAUCAGGUUACUGGAAGAAUCACAUUGAUACUGGAAAAGCAAGAAGACAUUGAGUCACUCAAAGUGGUCUUUGCGGGUAGUUGCAUGACAAGGACAUCCAGGCCUUUGCAUGCCAAUGGCCACAUCGGAUCUGCGUCACCGAGGCGCGAGUACGAAGAAAAGAUACGACUCUUCAGACACGAAAAGGAUCUGGUUAAAUGCUGUGCUCUGAAACCUAAGAAGUACUCAUGGACCUUUGGAUUUGUGUUUCCCAAAAACACUGAACCACGAUACAAAGGGACAGGCCAUGGUAGCAACUAUCUGAAGGAGCCACAUCCACUACCACCGAGUUUCCAAUUAAAGACGAGCUUUCCAGGUGGUACGGCUCAGAUAUCAUACUUUGUCCAAGCGAAGCUCGUUCUCAGUGCGUCCAGGGAAGUUAGAAGAUGUAAACAGAUGUUGCGACACCUACCGAUCCCACCAACGGAACUACAACAGCAGGCCAAAGUCACGGCCUCUGUGCUCUAUGGACAAGCGUGGAAGCCGAUACGAGAAAAAGAAAAGUCCCGGGUCAAAAAGGUACUGUCGGGUGUUUCCAUGAACUCGACUCCUCGCAUCACGCCAACUUUGUUUCACCCACAACAAGUCGCACCGGGACAGCACAUACCGUUAUCACUCAGUCUACUCAACGCACGCGAUCCUGCCAACCAUGCGGAACGGCAAUGUACAAUCGACUCCUUGACAGUAACUAUUUCAACAUACUCGACCACCAGGUGCGGCAGCAACUUAUCGGACCCCCAAGACAUCGUUUCCAAGCACGUUACUUGUAUAUCGCGAAAAGACAUGAAAAAAGCGAUCCCUUUCAACCGUAAAACGACACUGACAUCGGAUUUCCGCCUCAUUGACAACAUGGAGUGUGUGCCUACGUUCAAGACGUACACCGUUACCAGGCGCUAUGAACUGGGCGUCGCAAUCGGUAUCAAAUACAACGAUCAGAACUUUACUAUUCAUUCAAGUAUACCACUGGAGAUCCUACCCCGCUUGUCAAGCGAUCUACUGCCGCCACUGCCACUGGAUAGAGAGGACGUGGAGUCUCUACCGCAGUACACGCCACGAGAGCCGUCCCGGGAAUUUGCGCCAGAUUACGAACAGAUAUGUGCAUUGUCACGGUCAUCUUCAAGUGCGAAUUCCUUAUCACAGCUGGCUUCGGGGGGCUCUAGUUUGUUUUCUGCUGGUUCGGCACCUAGUACCGCGCCGUCAACGCCUAUGAGGGAGAUUGAAGCACCAGUGUAUGAGAGGGUUGCUGUGUGA